AUGGCUAGUCUGCACAUUACGCCACCACACGAUGGCCUCUUCACCGAUUCAGAUGAACUGGACAUCUUUCCCACACCCCCGUAUUCUUCAUCAGCCUCGGACUCAGAACGUACUAUUCAGACAGCCCCUGUCACUCCCCACAAUGAGGCUUCUGAGAGUGAGGAGGAACCAUCGCCUUGCACACAUUUCCUCUAUAGAUCCGAUUAUCUUGAGAUAAACCUAGGUCGUAAGCUGUGGGGGCUUUCUCUGUCUGCUUAUGGAUUCACCGACAUAGUUGACGGGACAGUCAAGCUACGGAAAGAGUGUACACAUGUCGUACGGCUCACGGCGACGCUUGAAGGAAAGGUCAAAGUGACGGCUGUAUCUCGAGGUGUGGUGGACGAGAUGACCAGUCUGACCACGGUAUACGAGACAAUCGACAUACCUAUCUUGGAUACCUCUCGAGGACCCUACUAUUUGACUGAACAGCUCUAUUAUUUCGCGAUACCCCUUCCAAACCGCAUUCAAGGAGGAACCUUACCUCUGCCUCCUUCAUACGCAGCUUGGAAUCCUGGAGUCUCCUGCGAAGUAUCCUAUACCCUGAAGAUUGAUGCAUAUCGUAAAGGCCUGCUGCGAAGGCACGAAGAGAAAAUUGUACCGUUACUUUAUCUGCCCAAGACCUGGCCUUCUCGCCCACCGUUCCACGGGAAUAUUACACAUGGUGGGGAUACGAUCAAGACGAUCCACUUAAUCCCUUCAUUUCCUUCUGACGCUGUCCGCAGAAAAACCGUCAAUGUCCCGACUGUCGAACUCUCGUUGCCAGCCGCCUCAACUAUGACUUCUGGCUUUCAUAUACCGCUGAAACUCGUCAUAAACUGCUCAGAAGCGCCAGCCCUCUCCGCGCUCCUGUAUCAACAUGUCGAUUUGAAGGUAGUGAAACGGACCCGAGCUUGGGUGAAAGGCGAUCGUUUCGCUGGUGGAAGAGAUAUCAUCUUGGGUUCCGCCGUGGCGCUUGAAACGGAUACUUUCCAAGAAGGCAGAGUGAUCUGCCGGUAUGAGUUGAAGGUCGGAGAGCUGGGAAAAGAACAAUCUUGGCGAGUGGAAGGCGCCAUAGAUGUAUCGUAUGUUGUCAAAAUCUCCAUACGUCCGCCUUAUAGCUCGACAAAUCUCCCGAGCUAUAGUCAUGUCGAGGUUUUGACUGUCGCGACUGAGCCUUGGGGCACAUACGAGCGCGAGUUGCGCCAAUUUGGUGCAUCCGCGCCGGCUGUGGGACUAAAUAACGCUGGAAGGGAACUUCGCCCCACACACAGUAUGGAUUGGUAA